AUGGUCAGUAAGAGGAAGGCAGUGACUCCUGACGAAGAUAGCGACGCCUACUACGUCAGCGUCAAGGAUCUGCCCUUUGAUAUUCUACGCCAGCGUAUUGCUCAGUCCUCGGGAGCGGAGCGUAGAGAAGCCAGGAAGCAGCUGUUGCUAAAGAUGGGUGCCAAGCCGGAAAAGAGAGGCUACGUUAAUUACCGCCUCCUUAUGGAAGAGAAAAAAGCGGCAAAGGCCGCCUCUAUCGCGGACUACCAUAACGUAAGCCAAUCGCAUUCAUUUCCGGAUAUCAUCUGACACUAACCUAUAGGAGCGUUUCAAAAAGACUACCCUCGAAAGGCAGCUAGGUAAGCACACCAAAAAUAAGAAGAAUAAGAAACGGUCUCGAAGACUUGGAAAGCACUCAAACACUAGCUCAAAGUAAGCUUAUUUUUCGUUUGUUUUAUUUCGUAUCUCAGGGGCCAAAGCAGCGCAGUCAUGGGGAUUCCAAAAAAUGUGAUCAAAAAAGUGAAAAGAGGAAAAUAAAUUCGUACAGACUCUUAGUUCGAUUCUCCUCUUCAACAACGUCCUUGAGCUCUGGAUUUUUUAUUUGCGGGCCAUCUCACCUGCUCUUCCUUCCAGUCAGAUGCUGGGGGCGACUAAGAAGAGCCCACGCGUUACGUGAUGGGGGUGUCAAAACUACCCCAGGUGUCUUUCUCGGUUGCAGCAACAAACAGGAGGAUUGCACACACUGACUUGUUACAAACCCCCGUGGAAGGUGAUACAGCGGACUCCCACGAUUAGAAGCCGUCAAUCCAUCUGCGUAAUCUUUUCUUAGUAACUAUGUACAUCUACAAAGCCUCGCCAAUUGAGUUUCGCCCUCGUGGACAGUGGUUGCUUCCUUGACUCCUCUAACGGUUCAUAAUUGAGGGAAUGUGAAGCGUUGUACGUCAGUCUAGCCGCGUUUCCUCCUGUGCUCUGCUGUUUAAAAGUCUGCAGCAGUCAAGCCCUUUAAAAAUCCAACAUUUAAUGGCUGUGUCUUAUAAACUGGUCUGCACGGGCUGUUUCUUAGACCCGUUGGCUGGGGAGAACUUCACAAUUUUCUCGUAUUCGUACGCUGGGUUCCGUCCGUCGGGCCAAAUAUGGAUUACCGUCCUUUAGUCACAUGAAGCGGAUUGCAGAGGGCAAGCCUUGCGUAGCAUCUUUCUCGUUAUUCCGACACCUAUGCUGCUCCAAUAAUAAGACUGCUGAUUAUCGCUCAUACAAGUGGAAAGACGAGGCCUAGGGAGCAAUUGAGAAGCGAGGGACGCUUUUUGGGGACAUUGAUUUUAUUCAUGUAACCGUCUAAUCCAUCAACACUGACAGCAACACAUGAGAGUAAUUGAUAAGAAGCAGAAGCGAUCGCUGAAACAAGGGCAUUAUUCGCCAGAUGUUUCCGAUUCUCACAUGAACCCAUCACUUGAUGAAUGCGGGGCAUCCAGGAGAACGGAUUCCUUGUGUGUUACAGGCAAGCUUUGGGAUUUCAGAGCAAAUAAAAUAGUCACCCACAAAGUUUGGUUCAAACGCUAAACCUGCUCGUUCCCGUGCGGAUUUUAUGGACUCGUCACUCCCUUAUCACGGAGGAAUAGUUUAAUGUCGUCUGGUGUAGAAGAAGAGCGCCGAUCGGUGUGGAUAUGGAGACGAGCUGUCACAAUCAUGUGAUGCCAGUUUUGGCAGACUUGUCAGGACAUGCAAGUGGGGAACGGAAUAAUACUCAUCGUCAUCUGUCAGUAAAUAGAGAUUGCGGGUCACCGACGAGUUGGACCGUUGAAGUCGAUUGAUAAUCGUUCGAAUGGUUGGGUGGCUUUGAUGAUUUAGUCUUGUGCUUUAGAGAAGAAACAGGGUUAGAUUUCACAGUGAGCUUGACACCUAGCGGGGACGUUACGAAUCUUUUCCAUCGGCAGGGAAAUCGGGAGGCAUUAGCAUGACGGAGUGACUCAUAUGGCUCUUCUAGAUUGGCAUUCAUUGGCAAGGCCCCAUCCAACUGCGAGGAAGCGUAUCCACUGCAUGGUGUCAACUCUAACUUCUAGCGUUCGGUCUUGUCAUUCUUCACUUUUGCUUACCACUCAUAAAAACAACUGAACGCUGAUCCGUGAUUAGCCCAAAGUAAUUGCAAAGAAGGAAGUUAUUCCAUUUGUGUAUGGAUUCCACUUCGGCGUACGCUUCUUCUUCCAUCGCAGAACGAUGUCGCUCGUCUGGGGAUUGACUAUGCGAAAAUAACGCCACCAUCCGGCUAUUCUGAUUCAGUGUGGCAACAAUUGCGACGUCUGAGGCGUCGGUUUCGACAUCCAAUAGGGCAUCACGGUAGUGGUUGGGGCUCCCGCAAGUUCUUUAUUAGUUGUCCAGAAUGUCCCCAUUACUCCUAAUGGCAGAAGGAGAGCUCUGUUGUAAAUGAGCAAAUGAAUUUUAUCCGAUAAAUGUGAUAUCCAUUGUGAAUAGUAUACAGGCGAUCUCAAGGUUUUUUGUGGCUUUAGAUCAUUCGAGGGAUCCAUUUCAGUGAAAGGCUUUGAGCGACCCGGAUCUGGUUUUAUAUUUUCCUUAAACACUUUGUAACCGAAAACCUCGAUUUCGUUGGCAGCGAUGAUACUUUUGGCUUCAUUGGAGAUCGGUCUGGAGUAUAUUUAGUCAUUUCAUCCAUCCUGGAUGACGGGUAGGCAUCUGGGAGUGUGUGUUUAUUGGUCGUCUGGCUAUAAUCGACAACCAUCCACUUUUUGUGGUUUUCAUUGGCUACUACCGGGACUUGCGCUCGCCAAGGCGAUGAGGGGGGAGCUCGUUUACUCUCACAGGCAGAAGACGAUGAAUUUCUUGUAUAGAUCGCUCGUCAACGUUAUUGUGCCUACCAGAUUUUUUGUGAUGGGUCUGCUGUCCUGUGUUAGAUUAGUAAACAAGCGAGGAAACUCGAUGUAAGCAGAAGCCAGAGAACACGUCGAGAAGGUAGGUUUAAGUCCCUCAAAAGAAAUGUUGACGUCUUUGUAUAGCCGAAGAAAGUCAUGGCUGAGUGGACCAUUGGCGCGUAAAAUUGGUAAGACCGAUAGCUUGUCUCUGUGCGGCAUUGUUCGGAGCAGUGGUGCCCAUGGAUAUCUUAGCGCGAGGUCUAUAAAUUUUUCAAUUAUUUCAGAGUACUACUUAGGACGAAGUGCGUAGUAGAGCCCGACAGUCAGUUCCGUUUAACUGUAUUUCGAUCGCUGCGCUUCAGGGACGAUCAGGAGUAGUAGCUCCCGCUACGGCAGGAACGGUAGGGUGUGUAGAAAGGAGAACUUUUCGGUUUCUUGACGCCAGGCAAGUUUUUGUGAAAGUGCCGCCUUUUGACACAUUCUUUGCACACCACAUUGCGUGCCGGACACUUCGAGCGAGGCCACCUGUCAUACCCACAAAAGUAAUCUUUCUUAUAGGCUGGACUUGGAGCCGCUACUUCAGGUCCUUUAGUUCGACUGGAUGGAGUUUCACAAGCCUAAGCAGCGGCAGGGAUUAAGGUUCUGGUGAAAUACCGCGUUUCUGCCAAUUCCAGUGACUUUGCCUGGUCAAAAUCUGUUUGAAAGUUCAAAGUCUUCUGCUCCAACAGUCUCUAUCGAAUCCGGUUUAUUGAAGGCGUCUCUGAUGGCAUCAUCACGAUUCUGUUCUGCCGUAACAACUUUGAGAUCGCAGUCUCUAGUCAAAAACUUCAACUUCUGGGCGAACUAGUCGAUGUUUUGUCCGCCUUCUUGUCUGCAGGCCGCAAGGCGAUCGCGGGUGAAGAUUUCGUCUUUAGGUCCUGA